UGGCGAUAAAAUUCGAUGAUUCGAGUUGACACAGCGCCGAGUAAUCUAGCCAUGCACAAAUGUUCCUUUUUUUCAUUUCCAGCCUUCAAUCCAUGGGGGAUAUUUCAGAAAUGGAAAGGUGAAGUUGAGGAAUCCCUGGACACUAAUAAACCCAAUGAACACGCGGAACGCUUCGUAAAGGAAGUACAAGACAAAGGAAUUGAACUCUUGAACAAACACCACGAACUUGGAAAUGACGUCUGGCAAAACCGMCAUGAAAUACGUAACAAAGUUCACAAGGUAAUSAAGGAAGUGAAGCAACGAGGUGUACACGAUUUGUUGAAGAAACAUGAAAAACUUGGCAAAGAAUUSUGGGAAAAACGCCACGAAAUAAAAGAACGUAUCAAAAAGGUGUGGAAAAAUAUCAUGACUGAAGAGCCCGAAGUCACCCCAACAGAACCUUACGAGCCCGAUAUCAUCCCGACAGAACCCGAGGUUAUCUCGGAAGAACCCGAGAUUAUCCCGACAGAACCCGAGGUUAUCCCGGUAGAACCCGAAAUCAUCUUGAAAGAACCUGACGUUAACGCGAAAGAACAAAAAAUCAUUCCGGAAGAACCCGAAAUCGUCCUAAAAGAACCUGAAGUUGUCGAUAGAGAACCUAUUAACGUCUCUGAAGAGCCUGAGCCAACUGAAAGCCCCGAGGAACCCUUUGAGCCUACCGAGAGCCCCGAGGAACCCUUUGAGCCAACCGAGAGCCCCGAGGAACCCUUUGAGCCAACCGAGAGCCCCGAGGAACCCUUUGAGCCAACCGAGAGCCCCGAGGAACCUUAUGAACCAACUGACGAGCCAGAAGAACCAACUGAGAACUACGAAGAGCCAUCCACCCCUGAAAAGCCUGAAGUACCAGCCACAGAAUUCCCUGAGGAGGUCGAGCCCACAGAAGCUCCAGAGGUAAAUAAUGAGCAACCCAAAAAAGAACUUAUCGUGGAACCCAUUGAAGGUGAUAACAAUGAAGAAGAAGAUGAGGAGGAGGAAGAAGGCUUCGAUCCUAUGGUUGACGACGUGGAUGACGACAGUGAUUAUGACAACCAAUCAAAUGAGGAAGAAGUUGCACCAGUGACGAAAGAACCAAUCACCGAAGAAGUUCAAUCACAAGCUGAUAUUGCUUUCUUGCCUAAAGAAUCCUGGGUAGAGUUAAAGGAAGAGGCCUCUCAACGUCGUAAAUGGCUAAGAAAACGUCAACACAAGCUGAAAAAACUCUGGAAGAAGUUUAACUCCAAGCAUACCGAGAAAUUGUUUAAAAAGAUAAGAAAAAUGGAGCGUCAUAUUUCCUUAAAGAGAGAGGAAUAGACUAUCUUUAUAUAUUGCUUUUUAAUGCACAAUGUAUAACUUGCAUUAUUUUCUUCUUUUGUUGCCGUUUUAUAUAUUGAUACUUGACGUAUUUUGAUUUACACUGAUGUCUGUUCAACUUAUUUUUGUACUAUUCGUUCACUAUUGCUUUUGUAACCUAGUAUCCCAGUGUGAUAUUAUUCAAUGAUGGUAUUGUGGAAAUAAAGACGUUCAACAUGAGA